GCUUCACGAACGAAGGAAUGAUAGAAAGGCGCAGAUGCGGCGAGCACAUUCCUCUUUCUCGCGCCCGCUCUUCGAAGAAGACGAAGAAAAGAAGAAGAAGAAGUUCCAUCUGCUCUGCUCUGCUCUCCCCUCCCCCUCCUCCUCCUUCCUCUCUCCCCUCCCGCCUUGUCUCCUCCUCCUCCUCCUCCUCCUUGUUUUCGCGCAUUCUGUCUGUCGAUCGGUUAAAGAAGAAGGAAGGAGUCAACAAUGAAUGCAGCAGAGCGCGAUAGAUUGUUGUAGUAGAUGCCUAGUUCCGCCCGCCCCGGCCCUCGCCUCUGCCUCUGCCUCACUGACCGACCGACCGCCUGCCUGCUCUGCUGCACGCCCCAACAGGCUCGGUGCUUGUCUGCCCUGCUUGUCCUCUGUUCUGUUUUCCACUGCUCUGCUCCGUAUUCUGUCUUUUUCUUCCAGCCUCUCAAGGCAGGCCCCUAGGGGUGUUGUGUUGUGUUGUGUUGUGCUGUGCUGCUGGUUAUCAGAGGUUCGCCUGCCUGCCUGCCUGCCAAUUUUGUGUUUCCGUUCUUCCAGUGAGUUGUGGCCUAUUUGUUCCGUCCUUCCUACUUGUCGUCGUCGUUGUUGUUGUUGUGGAUGUGGUGCUGGCGCCGAAGGUGCGCUAUCGGUGAACCGGGAAGGAGGAGCCAAGGCAGCAGCUUACCGCCCGGCGAGUUGGAGUAAGGAAAUUUGCGGAGCUUGCACACUUCGCGUUUUCGGUUGCUGCUGGUUGGCUGGAUGGAUGGAGGAGGAGGAGGCGACGAAGGGCCGGUCCACGGUGCUGACCUGUGCCGUCGAGGAAGCCAACAGCAGAAUUCGUGCCCCUUUGUGUGGCUGUCAAUUUAGUGCCCAAGCGGUGUUCGGCCUCGUGCAGGGACGUUUGUGUUUCUGUCAGUUGGUGGUGGAAAAUCUGUGCAAUUGCUGAAUCGGGGCUUUCACUUCACUUUCACCUUUCUUCAAGGUUUCGGACCGUCGGUUGUGCUCGUCGGGUGGCAUGAGAGAGGCACAACUCCAGGACAUAUGUCAUGUUCAGUUCGGUGUGGAGACGGAUCGAGGGGAGCUUUUCUGGUGGUGGAGCCCGGCAUCAUCAUCAUCAUAGUAUGCACCGCAAUGAGGCCGGACUCAAUCACAUGCAAUUGGAGGUUGAGCUCCCCGAGUACCACAGCCUGCCCGGAGGGGAUACCGCCGGCCCCCCUGAUCUUUUCAGGGGCGAAAGUUCCAAAUGGGAGGCAAUUGCAGAUCUGGACAGAUUUUUUGAGCGAAUCUACCAGUACUAUUGUGAUAAAGGCUUCUGGUGUAUAGUCACGCAGUGGAUCGUUGAAUUGCUCACCCUCGGCUUUACAAUUAGUUUUUCGGGAUUCCUACUCCUUUUUGUGAAUUGGCGCGGUCUUCUCCAUGCCACUUGUGGUGUGGAAGGAAUUGAGAAGACCGGGAGGGAUUGUAAUCUCUACGAGGAGGCCUUAUGGCCGCACCCUCUCAAGCCUUUCACCUUCUCUACCGCCGUCGUCGUCGUCUACCUCACCAUUUUUUCGUUUUACUGGCUCUUCUGUUUUUUACGAUUCUUCACUCAGCUUAGGGAGACACUUGAAAUUCGCGACUUUUGUCACAAUAGCUUGGGCGUGUCAGAGCAUGAACUUCGUACAAUGAAAUGGCCAAUGCUGGUGGAUAAAUUGGUCGAGGUUCAACGUCGCCAACGUUUGUGCAUAGUGAAGGAGCUAUCCGCACAUGAUAUUGUGAGCAGAAUAAUGCGUAAGGACAACUAUUUAAUAGGUCUUCUCAACAAGGGAGUUCUAGCUCUUGAGGUACCGGGUUGGCUGCCGGGCGUCGGUCCCGCAAUAACGCGAGAGGAUGGUGUACAGAAGCGUAUACUCCUUACGAAAACAAUGGAGUGGACCCUGAAUUGGUGCAUUUUGCAGAACAUGUUUGACAGUAAUUUCCUGAUCCGCAGGGACUUCACGAGCAACCCUGCACGUUUGAGGAAAAGACUCAUGACAGUUGGCCUUUGUAUGUUAAUGUUAUCGCCCUUUCUUAUCAUCUUCAUGCUGCUCUACUUCUUCUUACGAUACGCUGAACAAUUCUACCAUCAACCAAGUGCAGCAGGGUCUCGGCGGUGGUCCAAUCUAUCUAGGUGGACCGUUCGAGAAUUCAACGAGUUGGAUCACAUGUUCAAGAGACGGCUAAAUGCUAGCUACAAGUAUGCUGUGGAGUACGUUAAACAGUUUCCAUCACCAAUUGUGUCAAUGGUGGCUAAACUUGUGGCUUUCAUUAGUGGAGCAUUUGCCGCGGUCCUCAUCUUGGUUGCUCUUUUUGACGAGACUCUUCUUCAGGCGCAUAUAUUUAAUCGUAAUUUAUUCUGGCACACAGCAGUACUCGCAGCGAUCAUUCAAGUAAGCCGAUCGCUGAUUGCCGAAGAAUUUCAAAAUUUUGACCCAGAAGGCGUCAUGCGGCAGAUUGCUUAUCACACCCACUACAUGCCCAAGCAUUGGCGCGGUGCUGAGAAUUCUGACAGGGUGAGGAGAGAGUUUGAAGCACUUUUUCAGUACAAGGGUGCACUAUUCUUUGAGGAGAUGGUGUCUAUUUUCGUGACGCCUUUUAUACUUUGGUUCUAUCUUCCGAAGUGCGUGGACGAAGUGCUGCAGUUUGUGACAGAGUUCACUACAACCGUUGAUGGCGUAGGUUCCGUUUGCAGCUUAAGUGUUUUUGAUUUUGAGCACCAUGGUAAUAGCAAGUAUGGUUCACCGUUCCACACAAGUAAAGACCGGCGUAGCUCUCAAGGGAAAAUGGAGAAAUCUUUUAUCAGCUUCAAGAGCAACUAUCCCAAUUGGGAGCCAGACGGGAAUGGAAAGCAUCUGCUCAGUGUGCUGGCAGAUUUUCGGUCUAGGAAAGAGGAUCUAGGGCUGUUCAAUCUCGCUCAUGCGAAUUCAACCUUAGAUGCAAGAAUGCGGAGCAUUCCUAGAAUGGGAGAUAGUUUGUAUCAAAGAGCUGCAGAUUUUAGUAGUAGAGACAGGUUCGGACAGCGGAUGCCCUCAUCUCGCCCGAGUCCCUUAGACGAUGUACAGGAUUCGGCCCAGUUUAGAGAGAAUUAUGGAGGCCCUUCCAUCCAGCAGACCGAUCAGAUGUAUUGGCUCGACCGAUACUACACCGCGUCUCAGACAGCAGAGCCUAGUGUAACAUCUCAUGCAUCAGUAGAUCAGAGGACCAACUUUGAAAGUGAAAGACAAACGGGUGGCCACUUCCAGGCUAAUAUAUCUGACAGUGAAAUACAAGAGAACGCACCACGACCUGGGAUUAUUCAGCAGAUUCCUGGUCAAGGAGGAGAAAGUCGAUGGUGGGACAGGAGGGGCCCUGGAUCUGCCAUGGUACCCGAAAGCAGCUUCGAACCACCGAUGUUUGGUAGAGUGGGUAUGUUAGAAGAAAGCCAAGAUGAAUAUUAUGAAAGCGAGGAAGAUCAUGAACGAAGCUGGAUAAACAGACGGCAUUCUGGGAGUGCUUAUUUAAGUCGACAGAUAUCGGAUGACGAAGCUUCUCAUCUUGAUCUUCCAUUCGGUGAUGCAUUUGACAAGCCACGGGACGUAUCUGGGGCAGACGAAAGACCCACUUCGUCGAAUAGCAAACACUGAAAAACCCACUUGUUUCCGGAUUUUUUACUCUGCACCACACUCACGGCAAAAGAUUGUUUAUUCCGCCUAAACAAAUUUUUUUACCUCUUCACCAUAAUGAUUGAACUCUGUCCCUAAAAAGUGGGAUCGGAGAUUUGUACCAGAUUUAGUGAGCAUCUACCUCACCUAAGUAAUCGUGCCUGUGUAGUCGAUCUUCGAACAUGCACGCACACUAUUUCUCUAGCAAGCAUAUAGCCAUGAAAGGUGAAGAGAAGUCAAUCCGAAAUUUAUUUGUUAAAAAAGGUCAGCUUUCAGCCUUGUAAAAUAUCCUCCCUAUCAACUGUUAAUACUUUACUGGAGGAUCUGAAGGCACAGGUAGUAGAUACCCACUUGUAGGUUCCUCAUUCAUCGCCCAGAAUUGUGUUGAUCUUAGCUGUCUGUCUCAGGCACUUUAUUCUGAGGCUUUGCUGGACUAUAAAGCUUUCUUGUGAAUUUUUUGUAUAUAAAUCAUGCUGUUGAACUUUUUGGUUCGGUUGC